CUACAGUAGGACAUAACGCAUUAUGAGAGUUGGUAUUCUUGAACUUUAAUAUGUAAAUCGUGAAUCUUAUUAGAGAAUUUUAGAAGUCGCAAAUGCGACGCGUAUAGUGAAAAAUUACGUACUCAAAUUAAAAGAUUUAACUAAAUCACCACUUAAACAGCAUUAUACAGUAUCAUGUCAUUGUGGGUAGAUAAGUAUAGACCAAAGUCAUUGGAUCAACUUUCAUAUCAUGAUUCAAUUACUCAUAACUUGAGAGCGUUGGCCAAAUCAGGAGAUUUUCCUCAUUUAUUGGUAUAUGGACCUAGUGGGGCAGGGAAGAAGACAAGAAUUUAUGCUACAUUAAAUGAAAUCUUUGGAGCACAAGUUGAUAAGUUAAAAAUUGAUGUGAAAACAUUUGUCACAUCCUCUAAUAGGAAAUUAGAAUUUAAUGUUUUAAGUUCUCCAUAUCAUUUAGAAAUUACUCCAUCUGAUAUGGGUAACAAUGAUAGAGUAGUUAUACAAGAUUUAUUAAAGGAAGUAGCAUCAACCGAACAAGUUGAUUUCAGUAAUCAAAGUAGUAGUAAAACAAAGCAUAGAUUUAAAGUGGUUGUUAUAAAUGAAGCUGAUUCAUUAACCAGAGAUGCUCAAGCUGCAUUAAGAAGAACUAUGGAGAAAUAUUCAUCAAAUACAAGAUUAAUACUUGUAUGUAACUCCAUUUCCAACAUUAUUCCACCAAUUAAAUCCAGAACUUUAUUAAUUAGAAUACCUGCACCAUCUAUCACAGAUAUGAAUAAGAUAUUUACUACAAUUUCCAAUAAAGAAAGUCUCAAAUUUUCAUCCAAUGAUUCUCAGGAAGUAAACCAAUUUUUAUCAAACAUUGGUCAUAGUUGUAAUGGGAAUUUGAGAAAAGGGUUAUUAAGUUUUGAAACUCUUUCCAUACAAUCAGAAACCAUUUCUUUAUCACCAAAUAGUUUGUCCGUAUUAAAGUUGGAUUGGGAAGUUAUUAUUAAGAAUUUAUCUAUAACUAUUAGAAAUAAUCGAAAUGUUGCAUCAUUAGCAAAAGUUAGAGUAGUUCUUUAUGAAUUAUUAUCUCACUGUAUUCCUCCAAGAAUUAUACUUAAGACACUUUUGUUUAAUUUAAUAGAGACUGUUAAUAGUGAAUAUGUGGUUAGUCAAUUAAUUGAAUUAGCAUCCAUCUUUGAUGAAAGAUUAAGUUUGGGACAAAAGAGUAUAUUCCAUCUUGAAGGGUUUGUAGCUAAGGCAAUGGUUGCAAUUGAUAAAAUGUAGUAAGUAGUAUUAUAUACUUUUUAAAUAAUCACAGAGAAACAAUAAAUAAAUUAAUUA